AUGGAAUAUUCAUGCAUUGGACUACAUGAUUUACCUGAUGAAAUUCUUAUGAUUAUUUUCAAAAAACUCGACAAUUUUGAUGUACUUUUUACUUUGCACGGUGUUAAUGAACGACUAAAUCGGCUUAUUAAGGAUUCAAUUUUUACAAGUCGUUUGACUUUUGUUGAAUGGAUGUCAAAUAAUUUUAUUGAUCUAAUUUCUUCUGACAUGAUCCUUAAUCGAUUUCGUUUACAAAUUUUACCUGAAAUUCGUCAUAAAAUCGAAUGGCUUGAUCUUGAAUCAUCCUCUAUGAAAUAUGUUUUACGUGCUGCUCAUUAUCCGAACUUAUACGGUCUCGGUCUUUAUAAUAUUAAUGAAGAAUCAGUUCGAUGUCUUUUUACUGAUGAAAUUCUGUCAUCUGGCAUUUUCAAAAAUCAGAUUACAACACUUUUAAUUACGACGAAUAAAAAUGAUGAUUAUCAUGAGGCAUCAUUGUCAGUGGAAGAAAUAUGUGUUUACAUCUUCAAUGUUUGCGCGCGUCUGACGGCUUUAACAUUUUAUGAAUCAUCGCAUAGAAGUCCUCUUCGAUUCAAUUUUGCGGAACUGUCACCUCCCAAUCUUUAUUCUUCAAGCCUUUUGAUAUUAAAUAUCAGAGUACAAUGUUUCGCAAAUUGUCUCUAUCUUCUUGAUGGUCGUUUUAGUCAACUUCAUACGCUCCAUGUUGAUAUGGUUAAUACUUAUUGUCCACGAAACUACAAAAAUCAGGGCGAUUUGCCAAAUCUAAGAUGUUUUUCUUUGUCUUGUGAUUUCGAAAUUUCGAAUUAUGAUGAAACAAUCCUACCAUUACUAUAUCGGAUGUCCAAUCUAGAGGUACUUGGUUUGUGUUUUACCGUCUGUGAUCGUAAGACAUUUAUUGAUGGAAACGAUUUGAAGAGACGCAUUAUUAAUCGUAUGUUACGCUUAAAUCAAUUCACAUUUUAUAUUAGUUCAUUGAUGUAUAUUGACAAUAAAAUGAAUUUGCCAUCGAGAGAUGAUAUUCAACGCACAUUCAUUGACUUUCCAAACGAUCAAAUUAUUUCUUAUGUUGAUUAUUUUUCAGAGGAAAAAAGAAGUCAAUGUCAUAUUUACUCAUAUCCAUCUUUAAUGCCGUAUUGUGGUAGUAUUACAAAUAAUUUUCCAGGUGGAUUAUUUAAAAAUGUUCGUACGGUAUUCUUACACGAUGAAUAUCCUUUUGAACAUGAAUUCUUUCUUCGAAUUGUUCAAUCAUUUCCAUAUAUGCAAGAAUUAUGUGUGAACAAUUUUAAAUCACAAAAUCGUAAACAUUCUGAUGAAUCAAGCAAUGAUAAUCAGAAUUUAUCUGUUAUUAAAUAUUUUUUUCUUAGUGAACUUCGUCUUGUCGAUGUUCAUGAUGAUUACAUGGAAGAAUUUUUAUUUGAUACCAAAGCGUGUUUGCCAAAAAAUGUUAGUCUUCAUCUCAACUAUGAAUCUUUACAACGAGUAACACACUACUUCGCAAGAGAUGUUACCCGAAUGAAUUGUGCCAAAAUAGAUAUGUUAUAUUUAUAUGGUGAACGAAAACGUUCAAAUUCUUUACAAGAAUAUUUUCCCAAUGCGGAAAUACAAUUUUCGGGAUUCAUGGGAAUAUGA